GUUUGUUGACGCACCAAGCGCACGCUGCGUAUGCGUAAUAUUUAAGCCUAAGAACCCGCAAAAACGUCUGGCGUGCCAACUGAGCUUAUUUGUCAACGAAGCAAACAAGAAUAACACGCUAGAAAAAUAUGCCGGCUAAAGUGAACUGUGUGUCAAUUCGUAAGAAAAAUUAACUUGCCCCAUGCGCUUGAUUUACUUAAUGUGCGAGUGAAUGUGCCUCUGUGUGUGUCCCUGUGUGUGUUGCUAAAAUAUAUAAUAAAAACGCAAAUACUCUAGUACGUUUGAGCAGCUUAAGUUGAAACAAUAGCGAGCAUUAAGCCAGACACGCAAUGUAUGCGACACAAGCAACAUCUGAAUAAAACCCGCAAAUUAUUAAGCUAUCAAUAUAUAAAGUCACUGACAGAGCCUUGAAGCAACAGCAGCAGCAGCAGGCAGCAGCUAAUGCGAGCUAAACUACAGACACCAAUUGAAGUGACUAACAACAAGAGCAACAACAACACAAAAUGCUGAUACUGCUGCCAUUGCUUAGUUUAUUUUGUAAUAGUCUCAUUGCCGGCGUGGAUGCGAAUUUGAGCUUGGGCUUUAAGGUCAUCAGAUUGCCUAGACAUGCAAAUCCGGCCAAUUGCAGCGUUGGCAACACAACAUUCGCACAUGGAGCCACAUUUAAAUUGGAUUGUAAAACUCAAUGUGUUUGCGAGAACGGACGGCAUGCCUGCUCCUCGUUGUGUCCGAACGAGCAGCUGCCAGCGCCGGAGGACACGAUUUCGUGCAGAUCGCCGCGUCUGGUUGAGGUCCCAGGACACUGUUGCAAAAUGUGGCUAUGUGAGAAUCCAACAGCUGAUGUCUAUGCCACUUGCCAUAAUAGCAGCAGCGGCAACUGGACCAGCUGCAGUCGCAGCUGUGGCCUGGGCAUUGCCACCAGACACACGGCCAUACACGCGGGUUGCCAUCAACUGAGCAAUUUGCGGCUAUGUGAGAAUCGCAGAUGUGCAGGCGACAAUAAUAACAACAACAACAACAAAAACAGAGCGCAUAGCCAUGAGUUGGCCGCAAGCCAGCUGCAGCAGCUGCCACAACAUCAUCAUCGACGCGAACCCACGCAUAGAAUAAGAAAGGGCCACGAGUGCCGCAGCCAGCAGCGUUUGGGCCCGGCCCGUGUACGUCUCGGCGAGUGCGUUUCACGCAAACUUUAUCGACCGAAACUAUGUGGACGUUGUCAUCAUGGCAGCAUGUGCUGCACGCCAGCCGUGUCCACGACGAUACAGGUUGAAAUGCUGUGUCCUUUGAAUGCCGUUGAUCCAAUUAACUACGUACAAAAGCGAACACAACUUAAGCGACAGCAGCAGCAGCAGCAGCAGCCAGCACAGCUUUGGGAUACGCUUGGGUUGGAGCCAAUUGAUCAGGAAUUUCUGCAAUCACAUCAAAUACAAAUCGAGAAUAAAUUCAUUGCCGUCGAAUGGAUACUCAAAUGUGAAUGCAGUCAACAUUAUUGCAGCGCGGACAGCACGGAUGACGGCAAACAUGUUUACAACAAACAUAAUUACAACAAAAAGCAUUACAAAAAACAACAAAAGAAACAACAACAGCAACAAGAAUAUUAUCAGCAAGCAGAGUCUGGCAAAAUUAUUGAUGAUAAUAAGCCAGCAAUUAGCAAUGAUGACAACAAUUCAUCGCCAGAACAACAACCUGAUAUAAUACCCUAUCCUUUGAGUGUAGAUGAGAUCAGACAACAACAACAACAGCAACAACAACAACAACAACAACAACAACGAUGGCAACGCACAUAGCGUCAAUUGAGAAAGAAAACUAUGCAUUAGUUUUUAAGGUUUGUAUAUAAAUAAACACUUCUGAUUGUUUAAAAAAAAAAAUAAGAAGAGAAGCUGGAUCAAAAUUGGGGCUUGCCUAGGCGAGCGGGUAACAUUAAGUAAGCUUUUAAAUUUAAAAACAAUUCAUGGGAUUUGAAGCGAGCAUUAGGCAAACGAACUCUUGGUAUACACUGGGCUAUAAAAUUAUAUGGAAACGUAUUCUGUAUUUUGUAAACUUUCUUUCAAAAAAAAUACAAAAAAAAAAAAAAACGCAGAUUCAAAGUAUU